GGUUGGAUGCUGCAGGCCCUUCGUUUGAGGGAACUUCCCCCAGCAACCGGCUUUCUCCAGAUGAUGCCAAUUUUGUGGAUGCCAUUCACACCUUUACCCGGGAUCACAUGGGCUUGAGUGUGGGCAUCAGACAGCCCAUAGCGCACUAUGACUUCUACCCCAAUGGGGGCUCCUUCCAGCCUGGCUGCCACUUCCUAGAGCUCUACAAACACAUGGCCAAGCACGGCUUAAAUGCCAUCUUCCAGACCAUAAAGUGUGCCCACGAGCGAUCGGUGCACCUCUUCAUCGACUCCCUGCUGCACGACAGCAUGCAGAGCACGGCCUACCUGUGCGACAACAUGGACAGAUUCAGCCAGGGGCUGUGUCUGAGCUGCAGGAAGGGCCGCUGCAACACGCUGGGCUACCACAUCCGCCAGGAGCGGCACAGCAAGAGCAAGAGGCUCUUCCUCGUGACGCGAGCCCAGUCCCCCUUCAAAG